AUGCUGAAGCCAAUUGGAAUCAAAGAUAAAAUUCAGCGGAAUCUGCUGAAGGACUCCAAAUACGAUGAUGAAAAAACACCUGUUAAUCCCCAUGAAGGAGAUAAAGCUAGCAUCCUCCAGGAAACCAGAGUAUUCUCUAGCUAUCCAUUGAAUACACAAAAAUGCAUGCAGAUAUUGACAAAAAUUUUAUACCUCAUAAAUAAAGGGGAAGAAAAGCUAACAUCACAAGAAUGCACAGACAUAUUUUUUAACAUCACCAAGUUAUUUCAAUCGAAUAAUGAAAGGCUACGGAGGAUGGUUUAUUUACUCAUUAAAAGUUUGCCGGUAAAUGAGACAGAAGUUUUUAUUGUAACAAGUUCCUUGACGAAGGAUAUGAAUUCAGCUAAUGAUUGCUAUAGGGCAAAUGCGAUACGGGUAUUAAGUAAAAUUAUUGAUAAUUCCAUGGCUACUCAAAUUGAGCGAUACUUAAAAACAGCUAUUGUAGAUAAGAACCCCUUCGUUUCUUGUUCUUCCCUUCUCUGUGGAUUGAAUCUAUAUUUAAACGCAUCGUGCGAUAUAGUAAAGAAAUGGAUUCAUGAAGUUAGCGAAUGUAUAAAUAGCAAAAAUCCCAUGAUUCAGUUUCAUGCCUUAACGUUGUUAUGCUCUAUUAAGUAUCAAGAUAAACUGGCUCUGGAAAAAAUAAUUUCGUCCUACAAUAAAAGCUCAAGUAAUUUGUCCGGUUCUCUUGCCAAUUGCCUUUUAAUUAAGUACGCUUCCUCUUUGAUUUAUUGCACUGAGGUGGAUAGCGAAAUUGGCAAUACGAAGCACCUCCCCCCAGGGGCUACUUCCCCCCAAGGUUCUACCCAGGUUGGAAACGCGAUGAACGGUUUCCCUUCCACACAGGCAAGUCGAUCCACAGGACGAACGCACGAUAUGUACAACAUACAGGAUUAUGCAACGAAUAAAGGAAAUUUUAUCCACCCCACGACAAAAGUAUGCUUUGAUUAUCUGAAGAACUGCCUUAAAAGUAAAGAUCCCAUUAUCCUUUUUGAAUGUAUUAAGUGCAUAUUUGAGCUAGCCAUUUACGAUCAAGGGGGGAGAAAUUCCACCACCGUAUUUAACGUAGAUAUACUGAACGAGUGUAUGAAGGUAUGUCAAGCUUUUUUAUUAUCAUCCAAAGUAGUGGAAAAAUUUAGCAUAAUCAGACAGAUAAAUAAGUUAUCCCACCAUAGACCCCACGUGGCAUCGAAAAUUAAUCAAGACAUAGAAAAUCUCCUGACCGAUAGCAACAAAAGUAUCUGUGUCUUGGCAUUCACAACGUUGUUGAAAACAGGAAAUGAAGCCAACAUAGAUCGAUUACUUAGUCAAAUUACUAAUUAUAUGACUGGAGAUAAUACCUUUUUUAAAAUUCAAAUUAUAGAGGAAUUAAAGAACCUAUGCUUUAUCUAUCCCUCCAAGUGUAACACUAUUCUGAGUUUCCUCUCCAACAAUCUCAGAGAUGAAGAAUCUUAUCAGUUCAAAUCCAAAACUAUAGAUGCCAUUAUUUUAAUUAUUAGUCGAAUUCCCAAUUCGGAGGAAACAGCCAUUUUGCAACUUUGUGAAUUUAUUGAAGAUUGUGAAUAUAACUCUCUUCUCCUCAGGGUUAUUAGAUUCCUAUUAGUUCACAUCCCUAAAACGUCGACCCCGUCUAAGUAUAUAAGAUACAUAUACAACAGACUCAUUUUGGAGAAUUCAACAAUACGGGUUGAUGGAUUAUAUGCUCUCUUUCACAUUGCCCUAAAAUGUGGAUCCAACUCCAAGGAUAUUUUGUUCCUUCUAAAUUGCCUCUUGGCUGAUAACGAUGAUGAAGUGAGGGAUCGCUCCAACUUUUUGUAUUACAUUUUGAAGGAGAAAAUAAACAAAGGGGAGAACCUUCAGGGGGAGGAAAGUGAUUCCCCGGAGCAUUUGCCCCUAAUUGAUGAACUCCUAACAAAUGAACCACCUACCCACUUGGACAAUCUACUUUAUUUAAUCGAAAAGCAUGUAGAAGAAAAUGUAACAGAAGAAUUUGAUUACCACAAUGUCAAGGAGGAAAUACAAAAAAUGGGAGACAACACAUUCAAGGAGUUAGUAACUCCUUCUUCCUCUCCCAACUUGAAAAGGAAAAGUUCCAACGCAGAUGUGUAUGGUGGAUCCCUAAAUGGGACAAAAUUACCAGAACAGAACACAGAAUUCGUUCUAUCAGAAGAUGUAUCUAACCUUUUAGAGAAGUACCAAUUGGGUGCACUCAAAAUGGUAGGAAAAUCUAUACCACUAACGGAAAGUGAAGCUGAGUACACUGUCCUUGUGAAGAAGUACAUUUACGAUAAGCACAUCUUACUAGAAUUUAUCAUACAAAAUACAUUGAGUGAGCAAGUUCUGGCAGACGUAAAUAUGCAAAUAAAUUCGUUUGAUAAAAAAUGGACCGUUUUGGAAAAAACAGCCAUUCCUAAUUUAUAUUUUAACGCACCACAAAAUUUGUAUAUCCUCCUGGGAAGGAAUAUCCCCCUACAGGAAGAACCCAUAAAUGAAAAUUACCAGGUCAACCAACAUUUUCAACUUUCUUUACACUUCCUCACCAAAGAAAACGAAAUGGACAAUGGAUUCCCCGACACCUACUCCAUUAAUCCCUUGAGUAUACAAAUUACUGACUUUAUCUGCCCACGAAUUUUGCGAAAUGGAGAGUUCAAACAUAUCUGGGACAACAUGGAAAAUUUAAACUCAGAAGCUGUCAGCAAAUUUAGUCUCAAUUUCGAAAAUAUUCAGCUAGCUGUUGUUGGUUUAUUAAAUACUUUAAAUAUGAUGGCAUGUGACCAGACAGAUAGUGUGGAGGCCAACACCACUAACCAUAACAUGCUUCUCUCUGCUCGAUAUAUGAACGAGUCUCAUGUUCUGUGCAAGGCAUCUCUCAUUCUUUCGAAGCAGUAUGGAUGCUUGUUGAAAAUCGUGUGUCGCUCUUGCGAGAGGCAACUGUCGGAGAUGCUCCUCAAGUCACUUGAAUAG